CCACCCCAGGGUCCCCCCAGGAGGAUUUGACCGUUUCUCCAUGGUUUGGCCUCAAACCCCAUUGGAGGCACUUGCGCCGCGACCCCUGCCCACCCUGUGCAUGGGACUGGGGGGACAUGGGAAUGGACAUCCCAAAACCCGCCUUGGAUCAACCCAAAACCCGCUUUGGAGACUCCAAAACCAGCCCUGGAUCAACCCAAAACCUACCCUGGAGACCCCAAUCCCUCCUCCCCACCUUGGAGGACCCCAAAACCAACCAUGGAUCAACCUAAAACCCUCCUUCAAACCCUGGAGCACCCCAGAACCAACCUCCCAACCUUGAAGCAUCCCCAAACCCAUCUUGGACACCCCAAAGCCACCUCCCAACCUUGGAGGACCCCAAAACCAUCUUUAGAGCACCCCAAAGCCCACCUUGGAGUGCACCAAAUCCCUUCUCCUAACCUUGGAACCCAAAACCAACCUUGGAUCAACCCAAACCCCUCCUUCCAACCUUGGAGCACCCUAAAACCCACCUUGGAGACCCCAAAACCCAUCUUGGAGGACCUGAAAACCUGCCUUGGAACACCCCAAACCUUCCUCCCCACCUUGGAGGACCCCAGAACCAGCCUUGGAUCAAUCAAAACCCUCCUUCCAACCCUGGAGGACCCCAAAACCAACCUUGGAGGACCCAAAAUUCCUCCUCCCCAUCUUGGAGGAGCCCAAGCCCUACCUUGGAGACCCCAAAACCCACCUUGGAUCCACCCAAACCCCACCUUCGAGACCCCAAAUCCUUCUCCCUGCCUUUGAGCACCCCAAAACCCACCCUGGAGCACCCCAGAGCCUGCCUUGGAUCAACCCAAAACCUUCCCUUCAAACCCUGGAGGACCCAAAACCCCUCCUGCCCAUCUUGGAGACCCCAAAACCAACCUUGGAGGACCCCAAAACCUGCCUUGGAGACCCUAAAACCAACCCUGGAGCACCCAAGCCCUCCCAUCCUGCCCCAAUAGCAGUGGUUGGAGGUGGCUGCGCCCAUACUGGGGUGUCCCCCCCAUCUCUGCAGCCCCAAUUUGGGUGUUUUUAGCCCCAAAUCGAGCCUCCCCCGUCCUCAAGGCCGGUUUUGGGGUGGGAAGGGCCCCCUCUUUGUGCCGCCGCAGGACCCGCUGCCCCCCCCCCGCAUGGCUGCACCGAUGGACGGGGGGGACCCCCCCAUGGGGUGCAUGCGGGACCCCCAUUCCCGGAAUUCCCACCCUCCGUCUGACGUUUCCCCCCCUCUCUCCGGCCCCAGCGGCUGCGGGGGGGCGAGGAGGAGCCUUUGUCCCAACCUGCCCCCCCUCAUCCAACGGGAUUCCCGCUCCGAAGGAACUGGAUUCCCCGGAAUCGCCCUUUGAGGUGGUGCCGGAUCGCGCCGCCUUCGACCGGGAAUACGGCCCCGGGAGCAUCCCGAUGGCGGAACGGGAAGUGCUGAGCCAGAUCCCGGAGGAUCGAGUCUGCGACUUCCCGGUGAAAGCCCGCACAGGGAACGGCAUUCCCGGCCUUCCAGCCAAGCUUCCCACUGGAUUAUCCCGACAAGCAUCCGGCACGGCCGCGGCCUUGGAGGAGGUGUCCAAGUGCGUGCGGGAGAUGCACAGCUUCACCAGCGAGCUGCUCAGCUGGGAUUUAGUGGAGAGGAAUGGGGGGAAUGGGAAUAGCGCCGGGAAUCCCGGCCCCGCCGAAGCCGACAGCUCGGGCGACUCGGACGACACCGUCAUCGAGGAGGCGCCGAUGGAGGAAGCGCCGAUCCCGAUCCCACCCGGAGCCAACCCCAUUCCCAACCCCGUUCCCGCGGCCCGGGACUGGGAGGAGGAGCGCCUCACCCUGCGGGCGCUGCAGGAGCUGGGGGAGCCCCCUCGGGAGCCCCCCGAUCCCAGUGGGAAUGUGGCUGAGCCCCGCCCCGGCGCGGGGCGGCCGCUGCUCCUCCAGCCCAGCCUGGCAGCGCGGGAGCUGUUGCUGUGGCGGGACCCGCGCCGCUCCGCGCUCGUGCUCGGCGCCAGCCUCGCGCCGCUGCUCUCCCUCGCCGCGCUCAGCGCCGUCAGCGUGUGCGCGCACGUGGCCCUCGCGCUCCUCUGCGUCACCGUGAGCGCGCGCGCGGCGCGCGGGCUGCUGCAGGCCCUGCACCGAGCCGAGGAGGGGCACCCCUUCCGCACGUACCUGGAGAAGGACAUCACCGUGUCCCAGGAGACGUUCCGCGCCGUGGUGGCCGCCGCCACCCCCCCACUGAACCGGGCCCUGCGCCUGCUGCUGCGCCUCUUCCUGGUGGAGGACCUGGUGGAUUCCCUCAAGCUGGCUGUGUGCAUGUGGCUGCUGACCUACGUUGGAGCUGUCUUCAAUGGCAUCACCCUCCUCAUCCUCGCUGAUAUCUUGGCCUUCAGCCUCCCACCCCUCUAUGAGAAGUACAAGGUGCAGAUCGAUCAAUACGUGGCCAUCGCCCGCAGCCGUAGCAAGGACCUCAUGGCCAAGAUCCAGGCGAAAGUCCCGGGCUUGGCCAAGAAAAAGCCGGAAUAAACCCCCCCGGGGGGGAGAUAUUGGGGUACCCCCA